AUGGCUGAGAGCCUACUCCAGGCUUCCCGGCAACGCCGAGUGAAAGCCAUGACGGCCGCCGCGGGUUCGGCGGGCCGCGCCGCGGUGCCCCUGCUGCUGUGCGCGCUGCUAGCGCCCGGCGGCGCGUACGUACUCGACGACUCCGACGGGCUGGGCCGGGAGUUCGACGGCGUCGGCGCGGUCAGCGGCGGCGGGGCAACCUCCCGUCUUCUAGUAAAUUACCCAGAGCCCUAUCGUUCUCAAAUAUUGGAUUUUCUCUUUAAGCCAAACUUCGGUGCCUCUUUGCAUAUUCUAAAAGUCGAAAUAGGUGGUGAUGGGCAGACAACAGACGGCACUGAGCCCUCCCACAUGCACUACGCGUUAGAUGAGAAUUAUUUCCGAGGAUAUGAGUGGUGGUUAAUGAAGGAAGCUAAGAAGCGGAACCCUAAUAUUACACUCAUGGGGUUGCCAUGGUCAUUCCCUGGAUGGCUGGGAAAAGGUUUCAACUGGCCUUAUGUAAAUCUUCAGCUGACCGCCUACUAUGUCGUGAGCUGGAUUGUGGGCGCCAAGCAUUAUCAUGAUUUGGACAUUGAUUAUAUCGGAAUUUGGAAUGAGAGGACAUUUGACACCAAUUAUAUCAAGGUGUUAAGAAGAAUGCUGAACUAUCAAGGUCUCCAGCAAGUGAAAAUCAUUGCCAGUGAUAAUCUCUGGGAGCCCAUUUCUGCUUCUAUGCUGCUUGACCCGGAGCUCUUGAAGGUGAUUGAUGUUAUAGGAGCUCAUUAUCCUGGGACCUAUACGGUAAAGGAUGCGAGGUUGACUGAGAAGAAGCUUUGGUCUUCUGAAGAUUUUAGCACCUUAAAUAAUGAUGUGGGUGCAGGCUGCUGGGGUCGCAUAUUGAAUCAGAAUUAUAUCAAUGGCUACAUGACUUCGACAAUUGCUUGGAAUUUGGUGGCUAGUUACUAUGAACAGUUGCCAUAUGGGCGAUGUGGAUUGAUGACAGCCCAGGAGCCAUGGAGUGGGCACUACGUGGUGGAAUCUCCUAUCUGGAUAUCAGCUCAUACCACUCAGUUUACUCAACCAGGUUGGUAUUACCUGAAGACAGUUGGCCAUUUAGAGAAAGGAGGAAGCUAUGUAGCUCUGACCGAUGGCUUAGGUAACCUCACCAUCAUCAUUGAAACUAUGAGUCAUAAACAUUCUAAGUGUAUACGGCCAUUUCUUCCUUAUUUCAAUGUGUCACACCAGUUUGCUACCUUCAUUCUUAAGGGUUCUUUUAGUGAAAUACCGGAGCUACAGGUGUGGUAUACAAAACUCGGACCACCAUCUGACAGAUUUCUUUUUAAGCAACUGGAUUCCCUAUGGCUCCUCGACGGCAGCGGUGGUUUCACGCUGGAGCUGCAGGAGAAUGAGCUGUUCACGCUCACCACCCUCACCACCGGGAGCAAAGGCAGCUACCCACUGCCUCCAGAAUCCCAGCCCUUCCCACGCAUCUAUAAGGAUGAUUUCAAUGUUGAUUACCCAUUUUUUAGUGAAGCUCCGAAUUUUGCUGAUCAGACUGGCGUUUUUGAAUAUUUUAUGAAUGUGGAAGACCCUGGAGAGCAUCGCUUCACACUACGCCAAGUCCUCAAUCAACGACCCAUUACUUGGGCUGCUGAUGCAUACAACACGAUCAGUGUUAUAGGGGAUUACAAAUGGUCCAAUGUGACUAUAAAGUGUGAUGUUUACAUAGAGACCCCUGAGACAGGAGGCGUGUUCAUUGCGGGGAGAGUGAAUAAAGGUGGUAUCUUGAUUAGAAGUGCCAGAGGAGUUUUCUUCUGGAUUUUUGCAAAUGGAACCUACAGAGUUACAGGUGAUCUAGCUGGAUGGAUCAUAUAUGCUUUAGGACAUGCUGAUGUUACAGCAAAAAAGUGGUAUACACUCACUUUAUCUAUUAGGGGUCAUUUCUCCUCUGGCAUGUUGAAUGGUAAGUCUCUCUGGACAAAUGUCCCUGUGAAUUUCCCGAAGAAUGGCUGGGCUGCGAUUGGAACUCACUUCUUUGAAUUUGCACAAUUUGACAACUUUUAUGUGGAAGCCACAGGCUAAUACAGAGCACCGUAGAACAUUCUUGGGAUUUUCUUUCUUUCUGUUUGGUUUUGGUUCAGAGCCAAUUCUUGUUUUGAUGGAGCAGUGUAUGAGCCUUUUGGAGGCUAAAAAUAAUGAAGAGUAAAUGAAGAGAAAAAUAUAUUUUUGCUUGAUCUGCUGGAAGAGUUUUUUAGAACUAAUUCCAAGGGGAAACAGAUGAAUCUUUACCAUUACCUGAGUUGUCCCUUAAAUUCAAACCAUACAUUGGUCCUCUCCUUAGAAGUGGUUUCCGUGGUUCAGACCUGAAGCCUUGGUGUUAAUGCUGAGGUACCUCUUUUCAUCUUAUUUGCAAGUGAUCAUGCAGAUGGCAAUAACUUGAUCGUCACUGAGAUGUAUUUAUUAACGCUGACUGUGUGUUUGAGUGAGUUGAUGUCCUUGUCUGAAGAAAACGCUGCCAUAAUAGGAACCUGAAGAACACUGGAAGUGCUGCUUUUUGAAAACCAUUUCAACGUGUUAUCCUUAACCUCUAAAACAUAUUUUUUCUUUUCCUUUUUAAGAUGAUGCUUUUGAAUAUAGAUACAAUGAUUUGAAAAAUGCCUCAUUAAUAAACUACCUCUGAAACUAUUUCUGCAGUAAUAAAUAUUAGCAGAUUUAAUUGGGUUAUCUGCAUUUUUAAUUCUUUCGGAUCCAACUUUUACUCUUGUAACCCUUAUAACUCUCUGUGAACAUUUUCCCAGGUGGCUGGAAGGAGGAAGAAAAUCCCACAUAGCCAAUGCUGUAAAUGGGUCUAAAGUUAAAUUGUAGCAAUUUUCUUGUAUGUCAUUUCAUUGUGCUUUUCCUGGUCUGUCUGCUCAUGUGGUACUGGUAACAGACUAAAAUAGCUAAUGAAUUCUUUUAUUUCCUUGUGCGGGGAAGAAGGGGAACACUUAGCCUUUUGUUAGUUCAUAGAAUUGGGUCAUCCUCUAAUAUUUUGUGUGGUUACAUGCAUUUAUUUCAUUGAAGUAUGAAUAUGUUUAUAUUUAAGUAUGAGUAAGCAUAUUUCUCAUGCAGUAUAAUUUGUAUCUAAGCGUUAGUGGACCUCCUAGAAACAACUUAAUUAUUCAUGUGGAUAAAGUUAAUUCUGGAAUUCUUUAUAAUGAACUUCAUUGAACUAAUUCUUAUAUUUGGAAUUUGUAAUGGUUUAACAUAGACUAAACUGACAUGAAGUUUUGUAUUACUAUUAAAGACAAGAAGCUAGAUAUUAGAAUAAAUCAGAUUACAGAGAAAAUUUUUAAAUUAAAACCAAGUCUAAGUGAUUUCCACUUCAGGUUCUACAUAUUUUUUUAAAAUUAACUUCAUGGAGGUAUAAUUGACAUACAAUAAAAUGUUCCCGUUUUAAGUGUACAGUUCAGUGAGUCUUGAGAAAUGCAUAUACCCAUGUAACCAACACUGCAACCGAGAUAUCAAACAUUUCCAUCACCCCAGGAAGUUCUCUUGUACCCCUGUGCAGUCAUUUCCUUUCCCCCCACCCCCUCCGUCUCAGGCAACCAUUGAUCUGAUUUCUAUCACUAUUGUAAGUUUUCUUUGUUUCAAAACAUGUUAAAAGUGGCAUCAUACACUAUGUACUCUUUCGUGAAUGGUUCUUUCAUUCAGCAUAAUGCUUUUGAGAUUUGUCCGUGUUACUCUGUAUGUCAGUGGUUUGCUCCUUAUUUCAAAGAGUAUUCCAUUGUAUGGAUAUACUACAAUUUGUUCCCUCCAGUUUUUGGUAUUACAAAUAAAACUGUUAUGAACAUUUGUGUACCAA